UUCACGUAAGUAGGAGCCAAAUUAAAAGUACAUAAGAGUUGAUUUGUUCUACUCGUAUUAGAUGCUGAUUAGGUUAAUGCUUUUACAAUUAUUCAGUUGAAAGUGGACAGAACUGAUGCUUUGCAACGGAUUUGGCUCUUGUAACAAUCGUGCUUUUAAGUUCACGUAAUUCAUUCAAAGCUCUGAAGUAUUUGGACUUACAUUGUUUAAUUGUGAUAUAAAAGACCCAAGUACUUGAGUGAAAAUGGCACUGAGUGUUUCAGCAACUAGCACCAAAGAAAUCUAUAAGUAUGAAGCUCCUUGGCCCUUGUUUAGUAUGAACUGGUCAUUGCGUCCUGAUAAGAAGUUCAGGUUAGCUUUAGGUAGUUUUGUGGAGGAAUAUAACAAUAAAGUUGCCAUUGUGACCCUUGAUGAAGAUAAAUUUAAGGUCAACAGUGUGUUUGACCAUCCAUAUCCUACAACAAAAAUAAUGUGGAUACCUGAUGGUAAAGGUAUAUUUCCUGACCUUCUUUCAACUAGUGGAGACUAUCUUCGGAUUUGGCAAGCAGGAGAAGGUGAAACUAAGCUCCACUGUGUACUUAAUAAUAACAAAAACUCUGAUUUUUGUGCUCCAUUGACAUCGUUUGAUUGGAAUGAUAUUGAUCCAAAUAUUAUUGGAACUUCGAGCAUUGAUACAACAUGUACCAUAUGGAGUUUAGAAACAAAACAGGCAAUUAGAACUAUAAAUACAGUAUCCGGGCAUGUCAAAACUCAGCUUAUUGCACAUGACAAAGAAGUUUAUGACAUUGUGUUUAGUCGGGGUGGAGGUGGAAGAGAUGUAUUUGCAUCGGUUGGUGCAGAUGGUUCAGUUCGAAUGUUUGAUCUCCGUCACCUGGAGCAUUCAACCAUUAUAUAUGAAGAUCCCUUUCGUACCCCUUUAUUACGAUUAGCUUGGAACAAACAAGACCCAAACUAUUUGGCUUCUGUGGCAAUGAAUGCAAGUGAAGUGACAAUUUUAGACAUAAGAGUGCCAUGUACUCCUGUCACAAAGUUGAAGAACCAUCAAGCUUGUAUUAACGGUGUUGUCUGGGCUCCCCAUUCCUCUUGCCAUCUGUGUACAGCAGCUGAUGAUAAGCAAGCUUUGAUUUGGGAUAUCCAGUGUAUGUCACAAACUAUAGAAGACCCUAUUCUUGCGUACACAGGUGCAACUGGAGAAAUUAAUCAGAUUCAGUGGGGGGCCACCCAACCAGAUUGGAUUGCUAUUUGCUAUAGCAAUGCUCUAGAAAUCUUACGUGUGUAAAUUUAGUAUUUACAGAUUUUGUACUAAGUCUUUUACUAUACCCAUUUUGUAUUUAAUUGUAAACUUACACUUAAUACAAAUUAAAUAAGGCCUAAUAUAGGUACCUUGUGUUUAAUUUAUAUAAAAUAUGUGGGCUGUGAGCAGGUUUAGCAAAACAGCAUUGUUUAUUAGUCUUAGAAUUUCAACCGAUAGGCGAUAUAAGACAUAUUAGAACAAGCAGGUAUAUGAUUUCUGCACAAAUAUGUUUUAAAUGGAAUUAUAACUUACCAGUUUAAUUGUUAAUGAAACAUGAAUUUUAAAUUGGCGUAUUAAAUUUUAUUCAGUGAAUGUAAUAUUAUUUUUCAAUUAUAUUAGCAUCUGCUGAACUCAUUAAUAUCAACUUUAUCAAAUAUUAUCAAUAAUAAAUUCUGCUGAUAAAUUUAUUCUGGUACUUUCUUCUAUACAAUCAGAAUAUUGUUUUUCCUAGUUAAUUGUAAUUAAACCAUAUAUUUCUAGACUACUUAUUUUUAAAACCUAAUUUAGUGAAUUUUAUAAAAGCAUUUUCCUUUUUACUAAUUCAGAAAUAAAUUUAUUUUAGUAUUGGCCUAGUCAGUUUUAAACUAAAAUCAAUUUUAAGCAGAAAAAUAAGUGGUAUAAAAUACAGUCCAGCUUUAUAUUAUUUAUAUUUCUGUUAGUUUAUCAUAAAAUUCAUAAAACUAAAACAAGGAAAAGAGUAUUCAGGAUUGAUUAUUUUAAUAUACACCAUAAAUUUUUUGGUUGUUGUAAAUUUAAAUGUAUGUGAUACAUAAACUGGACAGUUUGCCUAGCCUAUAUACCUUAUAGUAGGCUAUUGUUCAUUAAUUUCAGUCUAGUCAAUUUAGAAACUGAUGGUUUCUUAAUAUCAAAACGAUGAUUAUAAUUCAUAACAAAUUAGUUGGUUGCCAGAUAUUGUUCUUACACACUGUUUUAAGUAGAAGACAGUAGAACCAAAUACUUGUUUGUCGACAGUUAUUGUUAGUUAAUUAUCAUUUCAAUUCUUUUUAUUCAAUGAAACAAUACAUGUAGGCUUUAAGUGGUAAUGACGUUAAGAUGCCAGGAGCUACAGUAAACACAUGGAAUAUCAUUGAUGGUUAUAUGUAUCAUUGAUACGUAUAUAUAAUAUGUGUAAAAAGUAUUUGUCAUAUAGUCUAAUUAUCACCAGUACUGUUGUGAAAAUGCCACCUGGUAAGCUUAAAUUGAUUAUAAUGAAACAUCAUGGAUAAUGUGUCCUCUUAAAGAUAUUCCUUAAAAUUAUUGCCCAUACAAUACUAUUAGCCUACAUAAGUAAUGCAAUUUGUUCAUAAUAAAGUUAUCAAGUAAGUGGUUACUAGAGAUAACUAUUUCUAAACAAAUGUUUUAGAAAAUUAACUAUAAUGUUUUUUUAUUUGUAAUUUUUUUGACUUUUUAAUGUAGCAAAUUUAUUCUAAAGUCCCUGUAAUAUUUAUUCUUGAUUUUCCUGAGAAAUGCACAGUAGUGAACUCUGUACAUUUUAAUUAUUAGACUUAACCUAUGUCCAUGACUAUCAUCAAGAUUUUCCGGUUCAAACCGUGACAAAUAAUUUCUAAUAUAAUUCAAAUCUUGAAAUAUUUUAACGUGGAUAUCAAGGAGGCUUUGUAAUCAACAAAUCUUUUGGUCAAACAAUAUUGACUAAAAAUGGCUCUUCACAGUGAGACCAAAAUAUUCCAAGAUUUAAAUUGUGUUAGCAUUUUUUUGACAUGUUUUGAACGUUAAAGCUUUAAUGAUAAUCUAUAAAUUAGGUUUAAAACUGUGCCACUUUAUUUUGGAAGAUGUCAUCAUAUAAAUUAUUUGUGCAAGUAAUGUAAAAUUAAAAUUACCACUGCAAACAUUUGUUUUAUGAUGUGAACAAUGCAAAAUGUUCUACAAAAAUACAGUACUUUAUUAUUGAAUUGUAAUUUCCAAUACAUGAUGUUAGUAAAUGUCCAUUAAAUUCAAAAUCAGACCCUUUCAAACUGUCAUCAGUGCACUAUAUGAAAGAAGACAAAAUUGUUUGGCUUGGAUGCUAUAUAAAACUAUAUGGAGUAAUUUUUAAAUUCAUAAACACUAAAAAUUAGUAUUACCAUAAAUGUUGCAUAAUCAUAAGUUCAAAUAAUUAAAUCUUUACAGCCAUAUCUUUUAUGACAGCAAAAAUAUAAACACUUGGCAUAACAAAUUGUAAUUUUUACUAGUGUUUCAUAAAAUGUUUCUCAAUUUAUAUUAAAUUUGUUGAAGUGUACACAUAUAAGAAUUUAAUUACAAUUCACUAAAUAUACAUGUUUGACAAGUUCAUGAAACGGAGGUUUUAGGUUGUCUACUAGUCUGUAACUGGAUCAUUUAUAUUAAUUUCAUUCAUAAAUUAAACAAUUCAUAAUAUAUAUCACAACUUAGUACUAAUUUUACAUAGUUUUAACAUGCAUGUAAGGUAUUCUUGAAAUUGACAUACAAAAUUAAUUAUAGUAUGUUUGACUUUGGGUUUUACUUAUCAGUGUUACCAUAUAUUCUAAGUUUAGAGAUGUUUUUAUUUAUUUUAUUUCUUGAAAUCAAGUGAAAAUUAAAUUUGACACUGAUGACAAUGACAGUUCUAGUGGUUGUGCAAUUUAUACUUACAUUUAAUAUGCUAGUCUCAGAUAUAUGUUUUGAGUGUUUAUAUGAAAACAAGAUGUAGUCUUUUAGUUGUGUGUGCCAGAUUUUGUAUUAUUGUGCACAAAAUUGUUGUUCUUUUCAAUAGUGAAUAAAAAUGUGAACAUUUUUGUUAUA